UAUAGGAUAUGAUCAUGGUAUAUAGGAUAUACCAUGUUCAGAAUUGAUAUAGCAUAUCACAUGAAUUUCAGUGAAAGGAAGUAUUUCAGAAUCAAAUUCUAGAAGACCAUUUUUGGUUACCAUUUGGCAUUGCCAGUGAAUUCUUUUACGUUACAAAGAAAGAAGUGAGGGGUCACAGAACGUGUAGAGAAAAUUGCAUUUUGUUUACUUCAAAAUGAUUUUUGUGCUCUUAUCUGUAAAUAGUAUAGCUUCAAUUACACUGAUUUAAAUGUAUGUGAAUGUAAUUGGCUUAAUUUCUCUUCCAGGACUUGAACCAAUGAGAGAAGCAUAUGGCCCUUCUGAAGAUAAAUGUCACUUUCUCUUAGGACCUGUAUGCGACUUUCACCUGUGAUUUGUCCUUUUAGUAGCUGCUGACUUUGAUUACAGGAAGGUCUCUGAAGAGUCAUAUCAAAUGACGUCAAUGGCCAGCUUGUUUUCUUUUACUAGUCCAGCAGUGAAGCGGUUGUUGGGCUGGAAGCAAGGUGAUGAGGAGGAAAAAUGGGCAGAAAAGGCAGUCGACGCUUUGGUGAAGAAGCUGAAAAAGAAAAAGGGUGCCAUGGAGGAACUGGAGAAAGCCUUGAGCAGUCCCGGACAGCCAAGCAAGUGUGUCACCAUUCCUCGGUCUUUAGAUGGACGCCUUCAAGUGUCUCACAGAAAAGGCUUACCCCACGUUAUAUAUUGUCGAGUUUGGCGCUGGCCUGAUUUGCAGAGCCAUCAUGAGCUAAAGCCCUUGGAUAUUUGUGAAUUUCCUUUUGGAUCUAAGCAAAAAGAAGUUUGUAUCAACCCAUACCACUAUAAGAGAGUGGAGAGUCCAGUCUUACCUCCAGUGUUAGUGCCUCGUCAUAAUGAAUUCAAUCCACAACACAGCCUUCUGGUUCAGUUUAGGAAUCUGAGCCACAAUGAACCACACAUGCCACAGAAUGCCACGUUUCCAGAUUCUUUCCACCAGCCCAACAGCACUCCUUUUCCCUUAUCUCCAAACAGCCCCUACCCCCCCUCCCCUGCUGGCAGCACGUAUCCCAGCUCCCCGGCAAGCUCUGGACCCGGAAGUCCAUUUCAGCUCCCAGCUGACACACCUCCUCCUGCCUAUAUGCCACCCGAUGAGCAGAUGAGUCAGGACAACUCCCAGCCUAUGGACACAAGCAACAACAUGAUUCCUCAGAUUAUGCCCAGCAUAUCCAGCAGAGAUGUUCAGCCUGUUGCCUAUGAAGAGCCCAAACAUUGGUGUUCAAUUGUUUACUAUGAAUUAAACAACCGUGUUGGGGAAGCUUUUCAUGCAUCUUCUACUAGUGUGUUGGUAGAUGGAUUCACAGACCCUUCAAAUAACAAAAGUAGAUUCUGUUUGGGAUUGUUGUCAAAUGUCAAUCGUAAUUCAACAAUUGAAAACACAAGGCGACAUAUUGGGAAAGGUGUCCAUCUGUACUAUGUUGGCGGGGAGGUGUAUGCAGAGUGUCUGAGUGACAGCAGCAUAUUUGUACAGAGUAGAAACUGCAACUUCCACCACGGCUUCCAUCCCACCACUGUCUGUAAGAUUCCAAGCAGCUGCAGCCUCAAGAUUUUUAACAACCAGGAGUUUGCCCAGCUGCUGGCUCAGUCUGUCAACCAUGGAUUUGAGGCAGUAUAUGAGCUCACCAAAAUGUGCACCAUUCGAAUGAGUUUUGUCAAGGGCUGGGGCGCGGAGUACCACCGGCAGGACGUUACCAGCACUCCCUGUUGGAUCGAGAUCCACCUUCAUGGUCCUCUUCAGUGGCUGGAUAAAGUCCUUACUCAGAUGGGCUCCCCUCUGAACCCCAUAUCUUCUGUCUCAUAGUGCAGAAGUACUCUUUUCAAUUAUGUUACUUGUGGACUUGUUUAAUUUUAGAGAAAUUUCCAGUACAGAUACUGUGAGCUGACAUGGAAAAACGGAUACUACAGCUUAUUUUUUUCUACAAAAUUGUGACCAAUACAUUUGUACUUUGUGACUCUCCAUUUGUUUGUACUCAGUAUUCAUGUAAUGGACUGGAAAGCGUGAAAGAUACAGAGCAAGCAUCAUGCCCCACUCAGAAGCUCGGCUUUGAUCUUAAACUGGAACAGGUUUUUGCUUAUUGUCCCAAGAGUUUUUUAUUUCCUAAUUUUUUUAAUGUAACAAAAAAAUGAUAGUGUAAGAGAGUAUAUACACGGGGAAAAGUGCACCUGUCCUCUCUUUUCUUGUCUUCCGGAAGCUAUAUGCUUCUAACAACUUAUCCCACCAGCUUUAUAAAAACACAUUUUACUUGGUUUUGCAAAAGCUUAUGGUAGGGGCUUAAAAGAAACUAUAAUAAAAAGAAGAAUCUUCUUUGAAGGAACACUAAGCACUGUUCUCACUAGUAGUGUCCAGUAAAAGCAAAGUGAUAGUUUCCUAGAUGGCAUCAUACAAUUGACAUCUAAUAUAACUGUUUGUCUGUAUUGUGAUUCAUGCUAUCUGUAUAUCUUUUGUAAAACAUUUCCUUUUCUAAAAAAGAAAACACUGCAAGUAAUUGAUGUGUAAUAUAUGCCAUGUACUCAGUCUGUCCUGAGUACUAUUUUAUAGCUAGCAGCAGUGCACGUGUGGCCUUGUCAGCUGUGUUUGCUGCUCUUGGCCAGUGUGGGAAGAAUUCUACUUGUGACAUGCAUUAAUCUUUUUAUUUUGCACUUUUAUGGGUGACAGUUUUCAGUGUAACCUUUGCUCAGACAUGCUCAAGUGACCUACACUGCAGUUGUAGGAAGUUAUGCUUUUUCUAUUGUUUAACUUUUCAACGUAGGUUAUAAAAUAGUUACCAUACAGCUCUAGCUAAGGUGCCUAAUUUUGGAUGUUGUUAACUUCAUGCCAUUGCUCUGACUUACUUAUAUCCGUCUCCUGUGUCAUAGACCCUGGUUGGGCCCCAAGGAUGAGAUAAAUCAGCAGUGAGGGUUGGGGUAGCUGAUAUGAACACAUUCACAGAGCAGAGAAUGCAGGUGGAGUCCCACCAUCCAUGGUCUGUCUUUUUCGAGUUUCUUACUACCUAUAUCAAUGCCAAUGUCCCAGAACACAGUCUCCUGAGAGGAAAGACCCAUUUAAUCAAUUGUGCCUUUGCCUGUAGGUGUUUUAACCACUUGUUCUGGAGAGCAUCAGGUGGAUACAUAGCUGUGGAAUGAGAAAAUGGCCUAGUUCAUCUAUCAGAAGAAGCUUUAUUUUCUGGUGCCUUUUGAAAGUAUAUGGAGCCAUGACAUUCUUCUGUUAAAAAUGUAACUUUGGUGUGACUUUCUGCUUCACCCUUCCUGCUUUAAGGAUACAAAAAAAGGUGUUUUUUUGUGUGUGUGUGUUGUGUUUUUUUUAAGGAAAGGGUUAUGUGACUCUCCUUGUGCUUUGUGUGUCAUUAUUUAUUGCUGUUUCACAAUGCAGCCAUUAUUACAUGGUUUUAGGUAAAGUGCAUUCGGGUUUCAGCUCACAGCCUUUUUGCUGGGUAGGAAGAAAACUUUCCAAUAUCUCAGCCUUAAACAUGUUACUUGGCAAGUAUUCUCAGAUGGCCAAAGCUUUCUGCUGCCUAUACAAAAUAGAAUUAUUUGCUUAGUGAUUGAACCUACAUUU